UGUCUAGUUGGCCGGUGACCUGUAAUCCACGUGGACUGAUUUUUAAAAAAAUAUUUACUCUCUCACAAAAUGGAUAGCAGAUUUACCCGAAAUCUACCAAACGCCCCAUAUCCUUAUUCUCUCUUGAACCGAGCCAAACCCAACCCCCAAAUCCCUUCUUCUAUCUUGAACCAACCCCAAAUCCCUUCUUCACCCUUUAACCAAACCCCAAAUCCCUUCUGCUCUCUUGAACCAAACCCUAACUCCUUUCACCUUCUUUCACAGCCACAAUUCGCGAGGGGAGCUGGCAGUGAAAACGAGAGAGGUGGCCCGAGCUUAGAGGAGCUUUCAGAGGAGCUUUCCCAGCAUUUAGCUACAAAGCAUGAGCAUCGGUUGCCCUUGCUCUCUCACGCCUUGAACUUGGACAGUUGGGGUGACAUCAUCAAAUGCCCCGUUGAUAGACGAGAAGUGAGGUCGGGCAACUCAGACGGGAUGUUGGCUGUUGACGUUUCAGCAAUACGUGAUCCGUUAAGGUGAAAGAGUGGGUCGCUGCUCUCUGUGUGUCUGAAGUCCCUGUUAGGGUUAACGCCCAAUGGCCUUCUCAACGCCAUCCCUCUUAUCUUCCUGCUCCGCUUAUAGACUUAAUCCUCUUCUCUUCUCUCAUCGCCGUCUCAGAAUUAGACUUUCUCAUUCUCACUUGAAACCUAGAUUUUUUGCUGUUGCUGCUAGAGAGAAUGACGUUUUUACUUCACCAGAGACAGCAAAGUCCUUUGAUUUUACUUCAGAAGAAAGGAUAUAUAAUUGGUGGGACUCUCAAGGAUAUUUUAAGCCAAAUUUGGACCGGGGAAGUGAUCCUUUUGUCAUUUCGAUGCCUCCUCCUAAUGUUACUGGUUCACUGCACAUGGGGCAUGCGAUGUUUGUGACUCUUGAGGAUAUCAUGGUUAGAUACCAUCGGAUGAAAGGAAGACCUACACUCUGGAUUCCCGGGACUGAUCAUGCUGGUAUUGCGACUCAGUUGGUUGUGGAAAGAAUGCUUGCAUCUGAAGGAAUAAAAAGGGCUGAAUUGAGUAGAGAUGAGUUCACAAAGCGAGUUUGGGAGUGGAAAGAGAAGUACGGUGGAACCAUUACAAAUCAGAUUAAGAGACUUGGGGCUUCCUGUGAUUGGACAAGGGAACACUUUACCCUUGAUGAGAAGCUAAGUUGGGCUGUAAUUGAGGCCUUUGUUAGGCUUCAUGAGAGAGGCUUAAUUUAUCAAGGGUCUUACAUGGUCAACUGGUCUCCUAACCUACAGACUGCAGUUUCAGAUUUGGAAGUUGAAUAUUCUGAAGAACCUGGUACUCUCUAUUAUAUUAAGUAUCGCGUUGCUGGAGGUUCAAAGAGUGACUAUUUGACAAUAGCUACAACACGCCCGGAGACUUUAUUUGGAGAUACCGCCAUUGCAGUACAUCCUCAGGAUGAUCGCUAUUCUAGGUAUAUUGGUAGGAUGGCAAUUGUGCCAAUGACAUUUGGCCGUCAUGUUCCUAUUAUUUCUGACAGGUAUGUUGAUAAAGACUUUGGAACUGGUGUGCUGAAGAUAAGCCCUGGUCAUGAUCAUAAUGACUACCUUCUUGCUAGAAAACUUGGUCUCCCAAUACUUAAUGUGAUGAAUAAGGAUGGGACACUUAAUGAGGUUGCUGGACUGUACUGUGGCCUUGAUCGGUUUGAGGCACGGAAGAAACUGUGGUUAGAUCUUGAGGAGACAGGUUUGGCUGUUAAAAAGGAGCCUCAUACAUUACGAGUUCCCAGAUCCCAGCGUGGUGGAGAAGUAAUAGAGCCUCUAGUGAGUAAGCAGUGGUUUGUAACUAUGGAGCCAUUAGCUGAGAAGGCUCUUCAAGCAGUUGAAAGAGGAGAAUUAACCAUUAUGCCUGAAAGAUUUGAGAAGAUUUAUAAUCACUGGCUAUCAAAUAUUAAGGAUUGGUGUAUAAGCAGACAACUAUGGUGGGGACAUCGCAUACCAGUUUGGUAUAUUGUUGGAAAAGACUGUGAAGAAGAAUAUAUAGUUGCUAGGAAUGCCAACGAAGCUCUUGAGAAGGCUCAAGAGAAGUAUGGAAAAGAUGUGGAAAUUUAUCAGGAACCAGAUGUUCUUGAUACUUGGUUUUCAAGGUUUGUUAUCCAUGAAAUUUAGCAUUUGUUCGUUCUU